AAUGUUUGUCAGAUCUGCAAGAUAUGCCUUUUCGACUUUCCCUUCACCAUUAGUCUCAGUACAAUAUUUGAAAUAAAAUCUCAAUAAAGUCAAAGUCUUAGGUAAAGCAAAAGUUAAAAAUAGAUUGUUCAUGGUACCUUCCUCAAAUGAAUCGCAAUGCAGAAUUAGAAUAUAAAAAAUCACAUAUUCCUGGAGCAAUCCGUUUUGAUAUUGAUGCAAACAGUCUUUAAGAAACUAGUUUACCUCAUAUGCUUCCAAAAAAAGAAGAUUUUGAAAGGUACAUCAUAUAUUAUAUAUAAGGUCUGUAUCUGAUAUGGGAAUUAGUAAUAAUGAUCAAAUAGUGGUUUAUGAUGGAAUGAAUAUCUUUUCAUCUGCAAGAGUUUAUUGGCAAUUCAAAUACUUUGGACACAAAGAUAUAGCAGUCUUAGAUGGUGGAUUUCCAGCUUGGGUUCGAGAAAAUUGUGCAGUUUCUGAUGCUCCACCCUUAAUAAAGGAAGCCAAAUAUAAAGCAACUCCUUAACCUCAUAUGUUAAGAGAGCUUGAUUUUAUACUUAAAAAUAUAGAGAAUUAAAAUAAAGGAAAGAGAGGAGAUUAAGUUUUGGAUGCUAGACCUGCUCCAAGAUUUAAUGGAGAAGUACCUGAACCUAGAGCUGGAUUAUCUAGUGGUCAUAUGCCAUAUUCAAAUUCAUUACCUUUCAGUCAAUUAAUUGAUUAACAAACAGGAUUGAUGAAGACUGUAUUAUAUUUAAUUAAUAAAUUAGGCUGAAGAAAUUAAAGAAAUUCUCAAUAGUCUUAAUGUAGAUUUGAAUAAAAAUAUAGUAUGUUCAUGUGGAUCAGGAGUAACAGCAGCAGUGAUAUAUGUUGCAUUAGAAAGAAUAGGAUUGAAAAAUAUUUCAUUAUAUGAUGGAAGUUGGAGUGAAUAUGCUUCUACCAAGGAUGUGGAAAUAAAAAAGAAAUGAA